AUGAAACGAAAUACGACAAUAGUCGAUUUCUUUAAAAAAAAAUCAAAGCCAAACGAAAGUUCAGUUUCGGAAUCCCCUCCAUCUUUACCCUCUUCCUCUUUCACUUCUAAUUUUUCUACCCCUUCUCCGUCAACUUCAGCUUCCUGUUUGCCUCCUUCCUCUCCGUCAACUUCAAUCUCUGUUCCUGUUCCGGAAUUUUUUGAAGAGAACGAUAUAGUUAUGUUUCUCGACAAAAUGAAUAUAUUUCAAAAGGUAGACGCAUUGAACAAUCUUUAUGUACUUAAUCCAAAUUUUGUUUUCCCAAAAAAUCCACAGUUGCGUAAUUUAAAGUUUCAAUACUCAUGGCUUCAUAAAUUUAAAUGGCUUUCUUAUUCUAAGGCAAAAGAUGCAGCAUUUUGCAAAUAUUGUGUUAUUUUUGGUCCUGAAUUUGCUGGAAAAGGCAACCAAGAGCUGAAGCAAUUAGUGAAAUAGCCAUUUUGCAAUUGGAAAAAAAGCCUAGAGACCUUUAAAAGUCAUGAAAAUUUAGAAUACCAUAAGAAAUCCUUGCUUGAUUACGAAUCUGCUUCUUUGAUUACUACGAAGAAACAAGACAUGAUAUCCGUUCAAAUUAAUAAACAAAGAAAAGGAGAAGCAGAAAGAAAUCGAAAAUAUUUAAAACCGAUAAUAGAAACAAUUCUAUUAUGUGGACGACAAGGUUUAUCUUUAAGGGGUCAUCGAGAUGACGGUAGAAUUGAUCCACAGAUAGACCCGGAACAGAAUGACGGAAAUUUUAGAGCGCUCUUAAGAUUUAAAAUUAGAGAUGAUAAGGAAUUAUGUUACUUAUUUCAGAUUCAAAACAAAACUAUUUUAUACACUUCUAAAACCACACAAAAUAAAAUAAUUAAAGUUUGUAAUUCACUCAUUUUGAAAAAAUUGAUUUCGCGAAUAAAAGAUAGCGGGUUUUUUUCAAUUUUAGUGGAUGAAACUACGAAUACAGCUUCGAACAAACAAAUGUCUUUAUGUAUUCAAAUAUUUAACAACCAAACAAUGCAUAUUGAAGAACUUUUCUUACAAUUCUACACUAUUCACGACUUAACGGGAGAAGGAUUAGCCAAUAGCAUUUUGAAAGCCGUGAUGGAAUUAGGUCUUGAUCCAAUGAAAAUUCGAGGACAGGGAUAUGAUGGUGCUGCUUCUAUGAGUGGAAAUUUUAAUGGCGUUAAAGCACAUAUUUAA